AUGGAGGGCGCAUCCCGCCAGUCAGCGAGGCUAUUGCGGUCUCGUGGCUCGAGUCUCCUUCACCAGCACCGCCGCCUCCCGCGCGCAGGCACCGCAGCUGUCGCCCCCGGCCUGACCCAGCCCCAGCGCCGAACCGUCUCGAAUACCCCCCGGGGCUUCGCGCCCGAGUCUCUCUUCAGUGGCUUCGCUGCUGCUAACUCCUCGCAACCCGGCGGUGGCGGCCCUCCCACCUACUUCACCAACCGACAAACUCUCCCCGCAAACACCGUCGUGCGGUUCGUGCCUCAGCAAACAGCAUGGAUUGUCGAGCGGAUGGGGAAAUUUGACCGGAUUCUGGAGCCUGGCCUGGCUAUUCUUGUUCCAUUCCUGGACCGCAUCGCCUAUGUCAAGAGUCUGAAGGAAUCGGCUAUUGAAAUCCCUAGUCAGAAUGCUAUUACGGCGGAUAAUGUUACCCUGGAGCUGGAUGGUGUGUUGUACACGCGGGUUUUUGAUGCAUACAAAGCAAGCUACGGUGUCGAGGACGCAGAAUAUGCCAUCUCACAACUGGCCCAAACGACCAUGCGAUCGGAAAUCGGCCAGUUGACUCUGGACCACGUUCUCAAGGAACGCGCCACCCUCAACACCAACAUCACGCAGGCGAUCAACGAGGCUGCCCAGGACUGGGGCGUGGUUUGUCUGCGGUACGAGAUCAGGGAUAUCCAUGCUCCGGACGCAGUCGUGGCUGCGAUGCACCGCCAGGUGACCGCCGAGCGGUCGAAGCGUGCCGAGAUUCUGGACUCGGAGGGUCAGCGCCAGAGCGCGAUCAACAUCGCCGAGGGUCGCAAGCAGUCUGUGAUUCUGGCGUCGGAGGCGCUGCGCGCAGAGCAGAUUAACCGCGCGUCGGGUGAAGCCGAGGCCAUUCAGCUCAGGGCUCAGGCUACGGCUCAAGGGAUCGACGCCGUUGCGCGGGCGAUCGAGGAUGGCCGCGAGAAUGCUCACAGCGCGGUCAGCCUGAGUGUCGCAGAGAAGUAUGUCGAUGCCUUCUCCAAACUGGCUCGCGAGGGCACGGCUGUCGUGGUGCCGGGUAAUGUUGGCGAUAUGGGCGGCAUGAUUGCCAAUGCCAUGGCCGUCUACGGCAAGGUCAGCGAAUCUCAGGCCAAGAAUAUCGCGGCCAAGACCCUCGGCGUGGAAGGGGCCUCGCAGCCGACAGAAACUUCGCACAGCGACCAAAAACCCGAAACGCAUGAGCCGGAGAGCAAGGCUGAGGCCAACCUGGAAGAACAGGCCGAAUCGACUGAGCAGGAUCGCAUUGCGCAAAGUAUGCUGGCUGGAUUCGAUGAACCCAACCAGAAAAAGAACUAA